GUCCUCGCCGGCCCCGGCCCCGCCCCCUGCCUCUGGCCGCUCGGAUCAGCUUCCAGUCCGGUCGGCCCGGCCCGGGGGCCAUGGAGCUCCGAGCAGCGGAUCGCGAGCCUCCUGCGAACCCCAGCCUGCACGCCCGGUUAGCACCCGGCCGGGAGAUGCGGCAGUGGAAUCUGGAAGGGCGGUGAAAAUCCCACGUCCUGCCCUCCCCCGGCCUCUCCGUUCGUCCCCUGGGUAGAGAGGUGCCUGGCUCCCACCCCUUCCCAGCCCCAGCCCUGGAGACAGCAGCCCCUAGACUACCGAGGGACAGCGACAGCAUGAAGGCUCCGGAGCUGCUCAAGACCCAGGAGGCCAGGUGCAGCCCUGAAGGGGCUUCUGGGAGCCCCUCCCCGCAUACACCCGCCCGUGGCCACUGUCUCCCUCAGGGUCGGCUCGUGCUCAUCAUCCUGUGCUCUGUGGUCUUCUCUGCUGUCUACAUCCUCCUGUGCUGCUGGGCCGGCCUGCCCCUCUGCCUGGCCACCUGCCUGGACCACCACUUCUCCACAGACUCCAGACCCACCGUGCCGGGCCCCUUGCACUUCAGUGGAUAUAGCAGUGUGCCAGAUGGGAAGCCGCUGGUCCGCGAGCCCUGCCGCAGCUGUGCUGUGGUGUCCAGCUCCGGCCAGAUGCUGGGCUCAGGCCUGGGUGCUGAGAUCGACGGUGCCGAGUGCGUGUUCCGCAUGAACCAGGCUCCCACCGUGGGCUUUGAGGCGGACGUGGGCCAGCGCAGUACCCUGCGUGUCAUCUCACACACAAGCGUGCCGCUGCUGCUGCGCAACUACUCACACUACUUCCAGAAGGCCCGAGACACGCUCUAUGUGGUGUGGGGCCAGGGCAGGCACAUGGACCGAGUGCUCGGCGGCCGCACCUACCGCACGCUGCUGCAGCUCACCAGGAUGUACCCCGGCCUGCAGGUAUACACCUUCACUGAGCGCAUGAUGGCCUACUGCGACCAAAUCUUCCAGGACGAGACGGGCAAGAACCGGAGGCAGUCGGGCUCCUUCCUCAGCACCGGCUGGUUCACCAUGAUCCUCGCGCUGGAGCUGUGUGAGGAGAUCGUGGUCUAUGGGAUGGUCAGCGACAGCUACUGCAGGGAGAAGAGCCACCCCUCAGUGCCUUACCACUACUUCGAGAAGGGCCGACUGGAUGAAUGUCAGAUGUACCUGGCACACGAGCAGGCACCCCGAAGUGCCCACCGCUUCAUCACUGAGAAGGCAGUCUUCUCCCGCUGGGCCAAGAAGAGGCCCAUCGUGUUCGCCCAUCCGUCCUGGAGGACUGAGUAGCCUCCGUCGCCCUGCCAGCCGCCAUGCUGUUGGGAGGCCUCUGGGAUGUCCCAUCCCAGGCCAUCACACUCCACAAAAACAUUUAAUUUAUGGAUCCUGCCUUCUGCCACGUGCUGGGUGGAGUGCCCCACUCUGGCGACACUUGGAGCCAUCUCAGGCCUCAUGACUUGAAGGGGAGUGGAGCGAGGAGCAGUGUCUCCACCUCUAGUCCCUGAGUAAUUCAUGGCAUUUGGGGGCUCACCCCACCUCCAGGUCUGUCAAGUGGCCUUUGUCCCUGGGGCUGAUGGCCCGCUACUCACCAGCAUCAUGACCUUGUGCCAGUCCUGAUCCUUCCUCCCCAGCCACCCCUACUACCUUUUGGUGCCACACUUCUGAGGCCGGCCGCCCUGCUUGGGGCAGCCAAGAGCCUGGGGUUCGUUGGGUGAAGGGGCCUUGGAGUUGUGACUGCUGGGGCCGUAUCAGGAACGUACGGGUAAACGUGUGUUUUCUGGA